AUGAAUAGAAUAAACUCUUAAGAAAGAAAUCUAUAAUCAGCUAAAUCAAACAGAAACAAGGGAAAAUAGUUAAAUAUAAUUGAUUUCAUAAUGAAAUAAAACUUUUAGGAUAAAGAUCCUUCAACAAUAGCAUUUUCAGAAGAAUUAAAUGAAUAAAAAUCUUGUGAAAUGUGUUUAAAAUUAUAGGAGCAAUUAAGCAAAUAGGUGAAUUCAGAACAAUUUUAAUAAGUAGUCGAAAAGUUGUGGUAGAAAAUGAGAAAAAUUGAUGAUGACAAUUAAAAGUUGUUAGUGAAGAUUGUGAAUGUCGAAAAAUCUCUUAUUGAUCAAUAAGGUUUAUUGGAUGAAUUGAAUGAUCAAUAGUACAGCAAAUAAUAAUCAUAAUAAGAUUAAACUCAGAUUAUCUAAUAAGUGACUUUAGAUAAAGGCCAACUUGAGAAAUUAGAAAAAAAAAUAUAAAAAGACAGUUUAGCAGGAAUAAAAAACAUAGAAGAUAAUUUAUAUAAGACUUUAAACAAAGAUAUUUAAUAAAAGUUUAUAAUUAUGCAAGAAAAAUUAGAAUCAAUAGGUUAAUAAUUUAGAGGAGUAAAUGAAUAAAUUGAACUUUUUAAUCAUAAACUUGGUAUAACUAGAGAAGAAUGUGAAGAAAGAAUUAAUCAAAUGGCAUUAAUUGUAAAUGAAAAUAAUUAAAUCUAAAGAGUUAAUAAUAAUGGAGUGGCUGAAAUGUAAUAACAUGUAAUUAUUAUAUAUUUUUACAAAGUAUAGUGAUUUGGAUGCAGAUAUGAUGAGAAUGUUUUCACAUAUUAAAGCAUUACUAUAAAAUGAUUAUAAAAUAACAGAAAUGGAUUAAGAUCUAAAGGAUUUAAAAUCUUAGUUGAUUUAAUUGAGAAAUGCUGUUAAUGAAAUUGGUGAUUUUGUUUCAAAAAUAUGAAAAAUAUAUAAUCACUUUAAUUUCAAUAAAUCAUCGAUGAAGGUGUCAUCAUUCACUCAAAAUAAGCCCAAUUACUUAGAAUAACC